GAUCUUUCCUCUUCUGCGUCUCGCUCGUGUGACUUUUACGCGUCUGCGCCUCUCAUACGAAUAGGAUUUCGAUCAUUAGUUUAUUCAUUCAUUUAAUAGAAACAUGCCCACUGACGCACAGUGUAUUAAAGCCACACCUUUGAUUUCUUAACUCAUCUUUCUUAAACAGAAGAAACCCAAGGAGCCUGAGUGCUGCAGUUCCUGUUUUUAGGAGAGGUUUAGUUGUACAGCCGGUGGCACCACACCGAUUACAGAAGUGUAUUCAAUCGCCUCUCUUUUUCUUCGUGAAGUUCAUUAUGAGGUCUUUUGCAGUGGUGGUGGGCUUGUUGGUGGCAUUCACCCUGGGCCUAUUGGGCAUUAUUCACUCGAGGAAAAACUUGGUGAUCCAACUGAUCAGUACCAACCAUUUUGAGAGUGUGAAGAACAAAGUGACCAGUGACGUGCUGAAUGAGUUCCAGUCCAAUAUUGCUGAGGCCACCAUUCGGCUGGAGCAAACCAAGAAAGAACUCCAGGAACUUUCAGCCGACGUUAAAGGAUCUCAGGAGGUUGCAGAUGGGAAAAAAGCUGAGCUGAAGACAUGCAACAGUGAUCUGAGUCAGAUCAAGGAUGAAAUUGGUUCUCUAGAAGCAGAGAGAAGCAAAUCUGACACGGAGUUUCAGAAGUCAAAGUCUAGUUUGACCGAGCAGAUAAGCAACCUCAAGAAAGAACUUGAGAAACGCAGCAAAGUGUGCGACUACAUCACCAAGAACUCUGUAGAGGGGAUGAAACUCUGUGGUAUUGUACCUGUUCUACAAGCCGAGCCAAAUCCCGGAGCUGCUAAAGCAGCCUAAUAAGAGGCCAAGGCAGGAGCUCCAAGGUUAAAGCUUUGAGGGCAGAGAAGAUAACAUGGACUAAGUCAUCGAAAUAAAAAGUGAAAACUCAAAGCUUUAUUAUUUAUAUCAAGGAAUAUUUAUAUUAAGGAAAAUGCACUCAUACAAUUGCAGACCUACAAUAUGUGCAUAUACAAAUACAAGUUACACUCCAUAGAUUUCUUUCAAUCUUUUAGGUCAAAAUCAAUGUCUUGAUAUGUCUUCUAUUGUUCUUGUGUUUUGUUUUCAGGCUAUGUUUCUGACUGGAUGUUUUUCCAUAUACAGGAAUGUUUAUACUGUUAUACAUCUUAUGAUUUUUUACUAAAAGUUCAUAGGAGUUUGGUCCAACCAUCUCUCAGGUUAGGAGGAAGGCAUGCAUCAAGAUUCAUCAAGACUCUCAGUGGAAUGAAUUUUUCCUAGAUAUCUGACCAGCUGAGUCAAUGGCAGCCUUCAAACAGGCUUGUACAUUCUUAUAAAUCUUUAGGAAUGCACUGAGGCUGUCAAAAUGUGGUUAAGGAUUUUCUAAAAGUGCAUUAGGUUUGUAAAACAUGUUUCCCAAUAAGUCUGUGGCUUAUUGCUUUUUGUAAAUCGUUCCUUCCUCUCAUCCCUUUCAUGAAGUAAAUCAAGUAUAUUUAGAAGAAUAUCAGUAAAUGAAAUGAAACUGUUACAAGGAACUAAAUUUAAUAAGCAAAAUCAAACUGUACCUUCUUAGUAAUGUCCAUGUUGUACCUGUUUUCACAUGUUUUCUUAAAAAAAAUGAAAGCAAUGUGCAUAACAACAAAUUAGUUUUCAGGCCUUUUAGCCUUCAUUAAAAAACAAAAUCAACAAUUUUUUAAGGUAAGAUAACAAAUGGUUUAAGUUGGCAUGCACAAAUUGUGUAUUAUCUGUUUUCAGUCCUGGUACUGAAUGUAAAUCAAUUUAUUUAAGCAAUUUAUAUAAGGGUAAGUGAAUAAAAAGGAGUAUGGUAAGA